AUGGGAGCAACGAAUUCAAGGCCAGAAUUUGUGCUUCGUAUUCCUACUGAAUUUUCUGAACAAUUUAUAAACCAUAUUCAAAACACAACGGAAACCGAUACAACCCGAAAUCUGGAUGUUGAAGCUUAUGUUCAAAAACGCGUAAAACAAGAACUUAUUACUCUGCAGGAACGGCAGGCCAAAGUUCUGCAUGAGAUGCAAAGGGUCGAACAGGAAAAGGGUGAAAAAAUGCAACAAAAAAUACCAGAUUUCAAGGAUUCGCCAACACUAAACUCGGAGAUUGAUAAAAUGCGAGACAAUUUGCAAAAAGAAUUACAAUCGAAACCAAUACUUGAUGAAGAACAUGCGAAAAAGUUGUCAGAAAUCCGCAGUCAACUGCUCUUGUGUUUAAACGAGAACACCGAGAAAAGCUUAUUGUGUAGACCAAUUGUGAAGGAUCUUACAAACUUGGUGUCUCAGAUACAAAUUAAUUCACUUAAUCCCCAAGUAUGUCAUGAGUGUCACCAUUAG